AGUAACUCCUAAUAAGGAAGUAGGUAUUUAGUAGCCCUAACCUCAGUAACCUGCCCUUUUGCUGAUACCAGCAGUAUGGCUGAAGGAAGUAAGACUGCAAAGGAAGUCUUCAAAAAAACACUACCAAAGCUUAUUAACACACUUGGGAAGGAACCCCCUUUUACUAUUGUCACUGCUUCUUUAUAUGCUAAAGGACUGAUUACAGAACAAGAACUUGAAGCCAUUAAGACCAAACAAGGUGUUGAAAGAGGUAGUGAAGUGGCUUUUAAGCUCACAGACAAGAUAAAGGAUAGUGAUGAUCCUAUUGCCUGUCUACUUACCAUAUGCGAGACAUUUGAAUCUGAUGACAUAGAUAAUCAUACAUUAAAGAAACAUGGAGCAAGCAUGAGAAAGAGUAUAUCAAACAGCACAGCUGCUAUUGAUGAAUCUUUUGAGUAUCUUGAAAAGCAAAAUGGGCAUCUCACACCAAAAAUGGAAAAGAGGAUUAAUUAUACAUUGAAGAAACAUGGAGCAAGCAUGAGAGAGAGUAUAUCAAACAGCACAGCUGCUACUGUAACCAUUGAGUCUGAAGAGGAUGAAUCUUUUGAGCAUCUUGAUGUGCAAAAAGAGUAUCUCACACCGGAAAUGGAAGAAAAGAUUAAAGCAUUGCGUGAUAGUGAAAGGCCUGUUAAUAUAUUAGUGGUUGGCCCAGUUGGUGUUGGUAAGUCAACGCUUGUCAAUGCUAUGUUUGGGAAGGAUGUAGCUGAAGUUGGACUCAGUGCAAGAGCCUUUACAACAGAAGUACAUUCUUAUGAGGGAGAGUACAAUGGUGUGAAGAUAAAAAUGUAUGAUACUAUGGGGUUUAGAGAUUCCAGAGUUAAAAGUUAUAAAAAUAUUUUGUUGGAUAUUGCUAAGCAUGGUCAGUUUGAUCUAAUCCUCAUUUGCUUAAAGUUAGGAGGUAGAGCUGAUCGGCAUAUGUUCUUAGAACUGGCCUCCGUCUUACAUAAAGAAAUGUGGAAGAGGACAGUUGUUGUAUUGACAUUUGCAAACCAGUUCGAGACACUCGAGAGUGUAAUAGAAUCUAAAGACGUGGAAAGUGGAAUAAAAAUGCAGAUAAAUGGGCACAAAGAAUGUGUUGCUGAAUUUCUUUCGAAAAGUGUUAAUAAGGAAGUAGUGCAGGGUAUACCAUUCUGUUUAGCUGGGUUACAAUAUGAAAAGAAGUUAACUACUGUAGACGACUGGUUGAGUACACUGUGGAACACAUCUAUUACUCGUUCCAGUGAUGAGGCAUUGUCAUUGUUAUCGUUUCAUCAUCAAACAUACCAAGCUCUUAUUGAAUUAGCUGGUUCUACCCAUGGUAAAGCUAUAAUAGGUGCUAUUAUUGGAGCAUUAGCUGGUUCUGUAGUACCUGUUGUAGGUAUUAUAAUAGGAGCUGCAAUUGGAGCUGGAGUGGGGGCUAGUAUACAUGUAGAAUGGCUCAGACCAAAAUAAUUAAAACUGAUUUCAUUGAAUUCAAAAUUAAGUGUAAUUAAUUUUUUUUAGUUUUAAGAAUAAUAGUGUUGUUAUUGUU